AGGAUACUGACGAUUUGAAUGUUCUGAUGUAUUUACGAUUUGAAAAAGCAUUUGAUGUAAUGUAUGAUUGCCUAGAAAACUAUAACGCUAUACAAGAAGUUGAUAAAGUGGAGAAAAGACUCUAUGGCCAAACAGAACCACCAACUAGUAGAAGAAAUAUGUCAACAAUGAAAUUCAAAACAAAUUUUCGGAAAUUCACAAUCAAAAAUCUAUAUGAGGUCAUUAUUGAUUCUAAAACUCCAAAUGAAAUGGUUAUCAACAUAAAGCGGAAAAUACAUCAUAGUGAUCACAAAGAACCUUUCGCAAAAUAUUGUGCUGCUGUUUAUUACACUUAUAUGGUCACUGAUAAUUCUUCUUUAAAUAUGUUAUUGAAAUUAAUUGAAUAUUAUAUCAACGAAACCAAUGAUAUUAAAUUAAAAAAUAAAAUAUUGAUUCACUUGACUGAGUAA